AUGUCCCAGAGGCCAUCAAGGCUAGACUUGUUUUGCUGGAUCUUGAGUGGUGUGGCCUGGACAGAUUCCUUCUGGGAAGCAGUCAGAGAGAAACAGAGCAUGCGUGGCCUUGGGAGCUUUGUGAGGAAGUGUGGACAGGCUGAAGGCAGUGAAGGGCCCCUGCAGAAUUCUAAGCAGAGGAGAGACAUCAGCACGGUUUUGAAAGACCACAAGCCACUCUCCCUAACACAGUUUUUUGUCACAGCAGGAGAUGGCAACUUUAUCUACUCCCAAGCUGAUGAAAAUCAGAAAGGCAAAGUGGCCCGCCUGGUGAGCCCCGUGGUCUAUUCCCAGAACUCCGCCCACUGCAUGACCUUCUGGUAUCACAUGUCUGGUUCCCACGUCGGCACACUGAGGGUCAAACUGCGCUACCAGAAGCCAGAGGAGUAUGACCAGCUGGUCUGGAUGGCCAUCGGACACCAAGGAGACCACUGGAAGGAAGGGCGAGUCUUGCUCCACAAGUCUCUGAAACUGUACCAGGUGAUUUUUGAGGGCGAAAUCGGAAAAGGAAAUCUUGGCGGGAUUGCUGUGGACGACAUUAGUAUUAAUAACCACAUUUCCCAAGAGGACUGUGCAAAACCGGCAGACCUGGAUAAAAAGAACCCAGAAAUUAAAAUUGAUGAAACAGGGAGCACCCCAGGAUAUGAGGGCGAGGGGGAAGGCGACAAGAACAUCUCCAGGAAGCCAGGCAAUGUGCUGAAGACCUUGGACCCCAUCCUCAUCACCAUCAUAGCCAUGAGCGCCCUGGGCGUGCUCCUGGGUGCCGUCUGCGGGGUCGUGCUGUACUGCGCCUGUUGGCACAAUGGCAUGUCAGAAAGAAACUUGUCUGCCCUGGAGAACUAUAACUUCGAACUCGUGGAUGGCGUGAAGUUGAAAAAAGACAAACUGAAUACACAAAAUACUUAUUCGGAGGCAUGAAGGUGGACAGAGAUGGAAAGACCCGUAAUCAGAGAAUUGAGGUGGAAGGACGUGGCGUGCGUGUGCUGGAGACUGUCCGUCUUCUCUCACUGGACAGGCUGGGAAGUGCGUGACGCUGAGCCAGGCUUUUCUCAGGAGCUUCAACGAGUGUGACCGACAGACACGGACAAGUGAGCUGUGUUAACAAUCGGAAUCAUGUACAGUCAGCUUUUCUCCUGUUGGUUUAAUUUCAAUCAUCAGAUGCUGGUGUUGAGACCAAGUAUGAUUGACUUAAUUCAUUUCGGCUUCCCCAUCCUUUCUCUCUCUCUCUCUCUCUCUCUCUCUCUCUCUCUCUCUCUCUCUCUCUCUCUCUCUCUCCUCCUUCUUUAUACGGAUUCUUUUUGGAAACUGUGCAAAAUCCAAGAUGCUGGCACCAAGUGUAUUGAGUGGGGCCCUUUUGACGGACUGCUACCUGUAGCCCAGUGCCCAGAAUAUAUUGGAAUAACUGCGUUUCAAUGGACUUCCGAAGCUGUACUUGUGUAUAAUUGCCCGAGUUGUGCAUAGGCAAAGGAGGAUUAGGGUGUUUUCUUUGAAAAGUACUGUAGCCUCAGUACCGGUAUAGUGUGUCAGCUCUGUUUACGAAGCAAUACCGUCAGAUUUUCUUGAUGUUUUUCCAGUGUUGUACUCAACCUCGUGCUUGUUAACUCCAUACAGAAAACUGUGCCAUCACCAAACACUGCUGGCAACUGGGUGUACUGCUGCCAACUGCAACAACAAAAAAAAUCCUUGGCACUGGCUAGUCUAUGUCCCCUCAAGUGCCUUUUUGUUUGUACUGGUCCAUUGUGUUACAUUGACAACCCCCUCUGUUUCUCGCUGGUGAAAGCCCUCCUCUUUAAUCAAACCCUGGUGGCCCACUGACUAAGAAGAAAGUAUAUUUUAGUGUGAGACGUCAGCCCCCCGGGAAGGCAAGGGCUCUGAAGAUUUGGCAAUGUGGCUUAAUCGUUCUGCUUUUUCUGUAGUUCAAUUUCAUGUCUCUUGACCCUUUUGUAUAAAGCUGCGAUAUUCUCUCUUUAUUGUUCUUUCAUAUGGAAUGUAUUUUCAAAUGUAAACUCUUUCUCUUUCUCUCCUAUUGCUGUCUUUUUUUCUCUCUUAGAAUUUAAGCAUUUGCCAUUGUCCAGAAAAGAAACUUGCAGCUUUAACCUGCUGGGAAUGGCAAACAAUUUUACUAGACUUUAUGUUUAAGAAUAAAUAAAUAAGGGAAAUUCCUAACUUUGCCCUCCAAAGUCUAACUUUGGUUUUCUUGUUAACUGGUUAAAGUGACAGUAUCUUUUUUCCUGAAGCCGUUUGUCAGUCUUUUCUGAUCAAAAUGAUCUUCCAUAGACAUGUUUGCAUUUAAUAGAAAUAAUGGUAAGUUGAGGGAAGAAAUAAUAUUAAUUGGCUCAAAUGAGAUCCAAAGGAAGGAUUGAAUAAAAUCUUCCAAAUAUCUGAAAACAUGAGAUUUUUUACAUCCAAAUAUGCAAAAAUGACCCAUAAAAACCUUCUUGUUUUGAUAUUGAGUCAGACAAAGGGGAAUGGAAGGAAGUUAAUUAAAGAAAGAAACUAUAAAUCCUGAUGUGGGGGCGGGGAGGGUGAAGUAGUUCAAGAUAAGAGUAGGGGAAACAGGUAAAGUCAAAACAAAUGUUUUUAAAAAUUCAUUCAACAGCAACCCUGAAAAAAAUAGACUUGAAUGAAUGGUUCUAGAAACUUCCAGCAGCUCGCAAAGAAUAAGCCUGCCUUGAGGCUGGCAAGACCUAAGCCUCUAACAGCACAGAGGAGUGAAUAUCUUAUCAGGCAGUAUAUGAAUUAACCCAAAGAAGCUUUGGUUGUUUGGGGUGUAUUUUUGUCAUGACAUUGUACAUAAGCUUUUUUUUACAUCUUCCUCCUUUCCUGCAUUGCUAUAGGUCUCACUCAAAUACAUUUGUUGAGAAUCACAUUUGCAUCAUACAUGGGACAGUCCAUUCAUCUUGGUUAAAUUGGAUUGAGAAUGCCUUUUGUUUCCAGGAAAGUAUUGAUCCCCUCGAAAGAAGAAUAGUUUUCGUCCCCAGAGACAUUCAUUUAGUUGUUAUAAUCACGCCAGAAGGAAAGCACUAAGGAAGAUUUGAUUUUUUUCUUUUAAGGUAAACAGACUUAAAGUUAUCCUCAGCCAAGGAAAAAUGAUACUGCAACUUUAAAUUUUAAAGUAUCUUGCACUGAUAAAUAUAUUUAAAAUUAUAUGUUUAUAAAGUUAUUAAUUUGUAAAGGCAGUGUUACAAAAUGUUCAGUUUAUAUUGUUUUAGAUUGUUUUGUAAUUUUUAAAGGUAUAAAAUAACAUAUUUUUUCUUUAUUGAAAUCUAUAAAACUCUCUGUAGUAAAAUGUUUUCAUUUUACUGGUAUAUUAUUGCUUCAUGUUUUGUACCAUCGUAAGAUUUUGUGCAAAUUUUUUUUUACAGAAAUUUUUAUUUUCUAUGACAAUAUGACACUUGUAAAUUGUUAUUUCAAAAUGAACAGCGAAGCCUUAACUUUAAAUGACAUUUGUAUUAUCAGACACUGAGUAACAUAAAAACCACAUAAAAAACUGAACUGUAACUUAAAUUCCAAACUAUGACUACUACAUUCCAAAGAAACAGUUGAAUUAAACAUUUUCAUAAAAUAU